AUGCACGCCACGGCAAGUUGGAACCACCUGUUACCUGAGCACCCCACUUCCGCUCCAGUGGCAACGAGGCCGAAGUUGCACUGCAACACGGCGAACAGAGAACACGUCGAUGGUACGAGUGGUGCCGAUAUGACUCUAAGCGAAUGGGAAGCGGAGGCAAUCCGUCGAUACAGAACACUAAGAGGCAUUCAGACAAACGUGUCUUCACAGUGCGAGUACCUGUCGUCCAGCGCGACUCACGCUUCUCUCCUGCAGCUGAUUUUGCACUCGAAGCUGCUUCCUAUCCAAGAUUGGCGUGAGUCUGCGUGGACAGUGGCUUCUUGGUUUCAGGGCCACGCAUCAGCACCGCUGGGUUUGCUCUCCUACGCAGUUACCGAUAUUGUUUUAUCCCAUGAAAUAGAGCCCUGCAGUGCCGCCAGAUGGGUGUUGGAUAUAAGCAAGGCGCUGUUGAGCAAGUGUGGGACUCCGGCGUCAUGUGCGACUGUGUCCUAUGGUGAUUGGGCUAUCGCAGAAGAACUUGAGCGUUCCGCCUACACGUUGCAAACGAGGAAUCCGUCGGUCUUUGCGAGCUUCUCCUCCGUGUUGCUUAACGCGUUGAUGGACGAGGUAAUUGCUAGCACGGAUAAAUCAGAGUUGUGGGGACUGCUGCCACUCUGUUUUCUUCUUAAACGCAACAAAGGCUUUGCAUUAUCGGUGUGGACGGGCGAUGAGCAGCGGUAUCGCACACGCGUACAGAGCGUCUGUGAACUGGGCCGUGUACUCCCCACGCACGUCGCAGCGGUCCUUAGUGCGGUGGUGUAA